AUGGAAGAGACUCAUGACACGGCAACCAUGACUUGGGGAGAUUUUAGAAGAGUGUUUGAGACCGAGUAUCGAACGGUUGACCAGGUUCAUGAGAAAAUACAAGAGUUUAUUAACCUGAAGCAAGGGAUGAGUACAGUGAAAGAGUAUUCGGUUCGAUUCAACUCUCUUGCAAGGUUUGCACCAGGGAUAGUGAGUACUCCCGAGUUGAGAAGAGAGAAAUUUGUUCUCGGGUUGAGGUCAGAAAUAGCCCGUGACGUUAUGAUAGGAGCAGAGCCCCCGCAUACCUAUAUGGAAGCAUUAGAUUGGGCUUUGAGAGCAGAAAUUUAUGUGAACAAGAUGAGUUCAGAAGGGCCAUCCAUGAUAGUACAGAAUGAAUCGCCCCCUACUCCGCAGAAAGAAAGAGUUGAGAUUGGAAGAAGUAGAGACAUGAGGAACAAGAAGAGGUUCCAGCCAAAGAAGAACAGGGGCGAUUGGCAGAGUAAACGGCCUAGAAUGGCUGGAGUCACUCCAUGCCCUAAGUGUGGGAAGAAUCAUUUGGGGGAGUGUUUAAAAGAGUUUGGUCUGAAUAUCUGCUAUAGGUGUCGCCAGCCAGGGCACCUAAUGAAAGAUUGUAAAGCUCCUCCUCCACCAACAGCACAGGCCCCUAGAGUUUCUCUUUAUGCUUUAAUAGAUUCUGGAGCCACGCAUUCCUUUAUGUCUCAUGGGAUGAUAGAAAGAUUAGAUCUGAAGCCUGUUGUAGUAGAUCAACCCAUUAGGAUAGAGUUACCUGAUGGAAUUAGUGUUCUGACCCGUGAGAUGCUUCUAGGAGAGUCUGUAAUGAUUCAUGGAAGAGAGCUGUUAGUUGAUCUAAUAGUGUUUGAUAUGCCUGAUUUCGACGUGAUUUUGGGGAUGGAUUUCCUAGGGAAGUCUCCUAGAGUUCAGAGAGGUUUUAAUGCCAUUUGGGUGAUUAUGGAUAGAUUGACAAAGUCAGCCCAUUUCCUUUCGGUGAAAGAGAGCACUACUUCAGAUCAGCUUGCCCAGAUUUACAUCAGAGAGAUAGUGAAACUUCAUGGGGUACCCAAGACAAUAGUCCAGACAGAGAUUCUAGAUUUGUCUCCGCCUUCUGGAUGA